ACCUCCAAUUUAUGAGUAAAGGGACGACUGUGGAAUAGGAACAACAAACAAAAGCAAAACAGAAUAGUCGACCGUAAGCGAGCUGCACUGUGAUCGUUCUGGUCGAACUUUUUCUAUACAUUGUGGUUGUGCAGCAUGAAUUCGGUUGUUUCGUGAAAUAUGGCAAACAUUUUGACUCGUGUUUGGAUGGUGAUAUUUAUGUUACAAGGUGCUUAUAAUGAGGAUAAUUUUCCAACACAGCAAAGAACUGAACAACAUCCUGCCGUAGAUUUUAACCACCAUACACUUGUUAAGCCGAAAAUAUACCAUGGAAGAGAGAAGAGGCAGGUGUCGACGACUGAAGAGAAGGGAGGUGCGCAUGCGAAUUAUGUGCAAAUUACGAUGGAAGUUGACGGACAAGAGAUGAUUUUGGAUUUGACAUUAAACAAGCAACUUAUCCCCAAAGGCUUUUUCCAGAAACAUCAAGAAAAGGGAAAGUACAAAGUGCGUAGGCCGUCUAUUGAGGAAGUAGAUAUCUGCCAUUACAAUGGAAAAGUCAGAGGGAAGCAGAAUUCUUGGGUAGCAUUAUCCACCUGCGAUGGUUUGUCCGGAGUGAUCUUUGAUGGCAUCGAGAUGCGUUACAUAGAACGAAAUAGCAAAAAUUUAGGUUUAAGCGUAGAAGAUGCGCAUUUUUUAUACAAGCAUUCUGAUUUGAAAGAACACAACAAAACAUGUGGCUAUUCUGGUGAUGCAAGUGAUCCGCGCUACAAACAUGCUGCCACUGAUAAUAAAUUCUUAAGGUAUAAACGAGCGACUGAAAAUAGUGAACUGAUACGAGGUCCUUACAAUGCCAACAAGGAGUCCAAAUACGUCGAAUUGAUAUUAGUUGUAGAUAAUAGAGAAUUUAAGGAGUUGGGGGAGAACAAAAGAAAGGUUCUAAAUCAUUGCAAGAACAUUGCCAACAUUAUUAACGCGCUUUACUCGCCUUUGAAUAUUUUUAUCGCUCUAGUGGGAGUAGUUAUAUGGAGUGAACAUGACGAAAUUACAUUUUCGACAAAUGGCGACACCACGCUCACAAACUUUUUGCAUUAUAGAAGAGAAAAACUAGUUCCGGAACACCCCAACGAUAAUGCUCAAUUACUGUCCAAAUUUAAUUUCGAUCACGGGGUUGUCGGUAAGGCUUUGAAGGGGCCGAUCUGUACUUAUGAAUAUUCAGGUGGAGUCAACACUGAUCAUUCCCACGUAGUUGGUCUAGUUGCAACUACUAUUGCUCAUGAAAUGGGACACAAUUUUGGUAUGGAGCACGACACUACCGAGUGCAAAUGUCCAGACGAACGGUGUAUCAUGGCACCCAGCAGCUCAACCAUUGCUCCUACCCAUUGGUCAUCUUGUAGUUUGAACUAUUUGCUGUUGGCGUUUACGCAUGGUAUGGACUAUUGCUUGAAAAACAAGCCCGAGUUUUUAUUUGACAGUCCGGUGUGCGGCAAUGGAUUUGUUGAACCCGGGGAACAGUGCGAUUGUGGACUGCCCGAACAUUGUGAUAAUACAUGUUGUAAUGCUACAACGUGCAUGUUGCACAGUAAUGCCAGCUGUGCGACUGGCGAAUGCUGUGAUUUAACUACCUGUAGGCCAAAGAAUGCAGGCACAUUAUGUAGAUCUGCCGAUUAUGAAUGUGAUUUACCAGAAUAUUGCACAGGUCAAUCGGAAUACUGUCCCGCUGACAUUUACAAAAUGGAUACUGAAGUUUGCGACGAUGGUCGAGCUUUUUGCUAUCGCGGAUUUUGCCGCACAAGAACUGACCAAUGUAAGUUACUAUGGGGCGAGACCGGCAAGUCGAGCGAUGAUUUAUGUUACGAAAUGAACAUGAAAGGCGAUCGAUAUGGCAAUUGUGGGUACAACAAAUUCAACCAGUCCUAUUUCAAAUGUGACCAAGAGAGUGCAUUGUGUGGAAUGUUGCAUUGUAAACAUUUAAAUGAAAGGUUAGAAUUUGGAAUGGAAUCUGUAUCAAUUUUGUCACAUAGAUUUAUUAACAAAAAAGGAUCAAUCAUUCCUUGCAGAACUGCCAUUGUAGAUUUAGGUACAAAUCAAAUUGAUCCCGGUUUAACUCCAGAUGGUGCCAAAUGUGGUGAAGGAAAGAUGUGUGUAAAUCAAAAAUGCAUGCCUGUCUUGAGCCUUCGAAAGCAAACACUAUCUUGUGAAAAAGAUUGCAAUGGUAAUGGAUGGUGUAACAACAAAGGUCACUGUCAUUGCAAGGAAGGCUUUGCUCCGCCCUUUUGUGAAUAUCCUGGCCUCGGCGGGUCGGAAGAUAGUGGACCAACUGCUGAUCCAAAUGCUCGACAAGGGGUAGUUAAAGCGAUGUUCAUCUUAUUCCUCGGAGUAAUACCUACAUUAGCUCUACUCGCAUUUUUGUCCUACUAUGCCAAAUAUAAUUUGAAACUCGGCAGGAAGUUAUCACAACCGGCAACGUCAAAAUCUCCAUCCAAAUCGAGAGGCUCAUCGUUUCCAAGUGAAACCGCCAAAAGAACAGAGGACAACCAUUCACUUCUUCAUGGCGACAAUGCUCCUGCUUCAGGCUUUAACAACGACUUUUUUGGAAAUUUCAAAGGUUUUAGUCUCACUUCAGCAAAGAAUAAACCAUCCGAACCUGCGAGAAGUGCACCGCUGCCUCCUAUAGUCACAACAUCGAGUUGGUCAUCAAUAAAGAGCACCACGAAUUAUACAAAACCCUGUCCACCAAUACCAACUGCCACUGUGAAAUCUCCUAAAUUGAGUCUUUUUGAUAAACCAGUACAAAAAAUUAAUUUAAUCAGAAAUAGCUCACUUCUACAUAGCAAUCAGAGCUCUGAAUCUGCAUCUUCAAACUUACCUACAUUACCGCCACCCAACCCAGGUAGUACUGCAAGACCAAUCAUCUCCUCUCCUGUUCUGGAAAGUUCGACUUCUAACGCCAAGGAGUUGCUAUCGCCAUUGAAGAAUGCAGCUAAAGUGCCUGUGAGACCAGCUCCUGAUGCACCAAAGACAGAAAACUCAAGGCCACUGUCCUCGCCGGACGGUAUGAGUCAUACUGUUUUGCAUGUAGAUGUGAAACCGGAUUCAUCCAGGAAAAUGCCUAAAGAUAAAGAACACACUAGCGCGGGACCAUUAACUAGAAUAACAUCAUUUUUGAGAUCAGUGGACAAGAAACCUUUGAUGCACUCAAAUUCAUUACCGAAAGCGCAUCAAGUGAAGGCUUCGAAGAUUUUGGACAAAGAGACUUUGAGAAAUCUGCAAAUUUCGGACCCCGUACCGCAAACGAAAAUCGAUAUACCCGCAACGAGUUUGCCCGUAGACGCGGCCGCUAAAAAAGCGGUUAUUAUGAGAGCCCAGAGUAUGAGAGUAACUACACCAACGCAAAGACCAAAUAUACAGACCUUUGGAUCUAUGAGACAAGCGGCAGGAUUCAAGAGGCCCCUUAGUAUUCCAUCGGGAGUAAGGCCAAAAAGUCCUCCACCGCCUAGACCACCUUUACAGAUAUCAGAAAUGAACGUGUCCAAGGGAGAUGACGAGUUUAGCAGUAAUCAAUAUGACGACUGUUUGAAUGAAGCGGUUUCAUUAAGUAAAGAGAGCAGUCCGACUAGUUCGGAUAAUAUAUACGCGGUAAUUGAAGAAUCGCCCGUUCCUGCUCAAUCGGUCGUUGUUAAAAACACUUCCCAGCUGAAUGAUAGUGGUUUGGGUUUGCUGGGAGAAAUUGUUUCCGAAAUUCAAAAUAGGAAUUUUGAUUCUAUUUAUUCCACCUCUACUUUGAAUAGAAAAAAGAAGGAAGCCGAAGAAAAGAAAGGUUGUUUAUUAUCGCCCGAUUCUUCGGACACCUAUGUUAACACCUCUUCAAUUUACAAAGUCUCGGAAAGCGAGUACAGCAACAUGAGUAAUUUGAAAUCUAGUGGCAGUUCAACUUCAAGUGGUUACAUUCAUCCAUCCGCUGUUAAUGUACCUCUACAACAGUCGACAGGCUCAAAUGCUGAAGAAAAACCAUCAAAACCAAUUUUAGGUACUUUUAAAUCAGAUUCAACAAAGUCAUUUUCCUCAACUUUCAAAAGGCCUCCCGGUCCUUUAGCCGCCAUACAUAAUGUGAAGAAGGUUAGUGAUACAAAUAGUGAUAACACUUUUGAUAAGAGUAAAGUGGUGGAUUCAAAAAAAUCAAAAACCUCUGCUACAAGCAAAAAUACUUCAACAACUUCCAACAAAACGGCCCCUAAAAAUGCCGUGAAUCGGCAAGUGACACCGCCUAACUUACGGACAAGGAAGCCUUCGCCAAGUAGGCCUCCUUCUCAGAUAUCGUUAAAAUCAAACAGGUCAGUAACCAACAGUCCUGACCUCGUUACCAGUUGCAAUACAAAUUCUGGUUCCAAGGAGCCAGAUGUGUUAAAUGGUGGAUCUACUACCAAAAAACCUUCUCUACCUGCCUCAAAACCCGUUGUAAAUACUCAAACCAAACCAAAUUUAAAAAACUGCAACUUAAGGUCUGUAUCUUUUAAGUCACAUCAAGACAAAAAGGUCGAGGCAAAACUUCCAACAGCAACAAAAUUAAACAAAGCGAACUCCGAUGCAGGAAAAACUACUUCCGUCGGGGUAAAAAACGCAGCUAAACAAAACUCAAAUGUGGCUUCGUUGCAGCAAAAAUUUGAAGAAAAGAACGUGAAGCAAACCCCCAAGAUAAAUGUAUGAAAUAAUUUUUUUAGGUUCUAAGUAUUUAUUAUUAAAGACUGUUAAGUUAAUAUGACUGCAUUAGUUGCAGGAUGCAACAUUUAUCUCAUACUUUCGUUGUGCACUAGUCUUUACACAUUUUUGUGUUUCAUCUUCGACCUUCAAAUUAUAUUUUUUUAUGUUGAGAGACAAUCACUUUGUAAUUUAAAAUCUUUAGCAAUAAGUAUUUUGUUAAAUUUUUUGUACAUAUACCAAAGAUUAUAAUUAUAUAUUAUAAAAGA